AUGGCGUCCACCUGCACCAACAGCACGCGCGAAAACAACAGCAGCCACGCGUGCAUGCCCCUCUCCAAAAUGCCCAUCAGCCUGGCGCAUGGCAUCAUUCGCUCGAGUGUUCUGCUCAUCUUCCUCACCGCCUCCUUCGUGGGCAACAUAGUGCUGGCGUUCGUGCUGCAGCGCAAGCCUCAGCUGCUGCAGGUGACCAACCGCUUCAUCUUUAACCUCCUCGUCACUGACCUGCUGCAGAUCUCGCUCGUGGCCCCCUGGGUGGUGGCCACCUCCGUACCCAUCUUCUGGCCCCUCAACAGCCAUUUCUGCACUGCCCUGGUUAGCCUCACUCACCUGUUCGCCUUUGCCAGCGUCAACACCAUCGUGGUGGUGUCCGUGGAUCGCUACCUGUCCAUCAUCCACCCUCUCUCCUACCCAGCAAAGAUGACCCCACGCCGGGGCUACCUGCUCCUCUAUGGCACCUGGAUCGUGGCCAUCCUGCAGAGCACUCCCCCACUCUAUGGCUGGGGCCAGGCUGCCUUCGAUGAGCGCAAUGCCCUUUGCUCCAUGAUCUGGGGGGCCAGCCCCAGCUACACAAUUGUCAGUGUCGUGUCCUUCAUCGUCAUCCCGCUGAUUGUCAUGAUUGCCUGCUACUCUGUGGUGUUCGGGGCUGCCCGCCGGCAGCACGCACUGCUCUACAACGUCAAGAGCCACAGCUUGGAAGUGCGAGCCAAGGACCGGGUGGAGAAUGAGAACGAAGAGGGCAGCAAGAAGGAUGAGUUCCAGAGCGAGAGUGAGUUCCAUGGCCAGGAUGAAGGUGAGGUCAAGGCCAAGGAGGACAGCGUGGAAGCCAUGGAGGGCAGCAAGAAGGCCAAAAAAGGGAGCGUGGAGACUGGUGAGGGGAGCAUGGAGGCCACUGGCAGUGAAGAGGUCAGAGAAAGCAACUCUUUGGUGGCCAAAGGCAGCACCAAAAUUCAGAGCAGCAGAAAGGCAGACAAGGGCCGCCUAGAGGUCACCCAGUGCAACAUUGACCUGGGUGAAGACGACCUAGAGUUUGGUGAGGAUGACCUCCAUUUCAGUGAGGAUGACAUCGAGGCAGUGAACAUUCCAGAGAGUCUCCCAGUCAGUCGUCGAAACAGCAAUGGUGACCCCCCUCUGCCCAGGUGCUACCAGUGCAAAGCUGCUAAAGUGAUCUUCCUCAUCAUCUUCUCCUACGUGCUCUCCCUGGGGCCCUACUGCUUUCUAGCAGUCCUGGCCGUGUGGGUGGAUGUCCAAACCAAGGUACCCCAGUGGGUGAUCACCAUAAUUAUCUGGCUUUUCUUCCUGCAGUGCUGCAUCCACCCCUACGUCUAUGGCUACAUGCACAAGACCAUCAAGAAGGAGAUCCAGGACAUGCUGAAGAAGUUUUUCUGCAAGGAGAAGCCCCCCAAAGAAAACAGCCACCCAGACCUGCCCGGAACCGAAGCCGGCACCGAGGGUGGAACUGAAGGCAAGAUCGUCCCUUCUCAUGAUUCUGCCACUUCGCCUUGAAGUUGGUUCUAAGGUAAACCUUGAACUGUUCACAGAA